GUUUCGUCGUCCUCGUCAGUCGUCAUCUUCCAUUCUUGCUCUCGAAAUCUCGAGUCCAAAUUGCACGAUCCCCUCUCUUCCUCCAUGGCGGAGGAGAGAGGAGGCGGAGUGUCAACGGCAGUGAAGGAAGAGGUCAGGUCAGGGACGAUCCCUCUCGUUGUGAAAGAGCUCGUCGCCGGGGGCGUCGCCGGCGGAGUCGCCAAGUCGGCCGUUGCUCCCCUUGAACGUGUCAAGAUUCUCUUUCAGACCAGAAGAGCAGAGUUCCAGAGUAUAGGAUUGUUGGGAUCCUUCAGGAAGAUUGUACAGACUGAAGGUUUGUUAGGAUUCUACAGGGGAAAUGGAGCCAGUGUUGCAAGAAUUGUCCCCUAUGCAGCUUUACAUUAUAUGGCAUAUGAGCAGUAUAGACGCUGGAUUGUUCUUGGGUUUCCUAAUAUAGGAAAGGGUCCUGUUCUUGAUCUUGUUUCAGGGUCAAUAGCAGGAGGAACUGCAGUUAUUUUCACUUACCCACUUGAUUUAGUUCGAACAAAGCUUGCAUUUCAGGUUGUAGGACCAUCAAGACUAAAAGAUAGAAAACUAUACAGUUUGCCUGAACAAGUUUAUCGAGGAAUUCUUGAUUGUAUCUUGAAGAUAUACAAACAAAAUGGCUUGAGAGGCCUAUAUCGUGGUGUAGGCCCAUCCUUGUAUGGAAUCUUUCCUUACUCUGGUCUCAAGUUUUAUUUUUACGAGGAAAUGAAGAGCCAUGUUCCUGAAGAUCACAAAAAGGGCAUUUCUGUCAAACUUGCAUGUGGAUCUGUUGCUGGUUUACUGGGGCAGACAUUGACGUAUCCCCUUGAUGUUGUUAGACGGCAAAUGCAGGUAGAAGCCCUCUCCACAGCUAACAAUGAAAUGGGGAGAGGAACCUUUGGAAGCCUUGUCAUGAUAAUUCAAACGCAGGGUUGGAGACAGCUUUUUUCUGGACUGAGCAUCAAUUAUUUGAAGGUUGUGCCAUCAGUGGCAAUAGGAUUUACCGCAUAUGACGUAAUGAAAUCUUGGCUUAAAGUUCCGUCUCGAGAUGAAGUAGCAGCCAUUUCAGUUGUGACAGAGAACACUAACCAUGCUGAAGCCUGAAAGCAAGAUUCUCGUUGAUUCUUCUUCCAUUCUUCUCUUGCUUGUGAAGGAGCUUCACUAGGUUCUCUUUACUGACAUGAGGUUGUACACUCUUUUUUUUUUUUUUUCAGUUCUGAUCUUUUCUUUAAUAGUACCAAUUCCUUCAUUGACGUAGAUAAUAAAAAAAAUUUCAAAAUUUUCCUUUUUCUGAAGGUCGUUGGCAUCAAAUGGAAUAAUAGAUUAGUAAAUACCCAUAGCGUGAGCCGGUGAGGAUUCUGAAGCAAUUUACCCAGCAUUUAAGUUGUUCACACUUUAGCUCUCCAUGUAAUGAACUGAUUCUUUCAGAAAUUUCAUCUUAGCAAUGAGCAUAUUUCUGUUGGUCA